AUGAACGACUCGACCUCCACUCCUGCUCCACAGCAGAAGCGCCAACGUGUGGCCGAAGAGAAUCGCAAACGAGCAGUGAGAGCGUGCGAUGGCUGUCGCAGGGUGAAAGAAAAAUGUGAAGGAGGCGUACCGUGCCGUCGAUGCCUUCGUUAUCGCCGGCAAUGCAAUUUUACUCAUAUUGAUCCUGUUGAGAAGAGCCGGUCAACAUCUGUUUCGCUUAUUGACCGUGCCGCUUCACUGAGUCACCAUGAAAUCGCCGAGACAGAGCGCGUGCGCUAUAUGGAGCGCAUCCUGUCAUACUAUGCACCUGGUCUCACAUUCGAUAUUCAAUCGCUGCGCCAAGCUGCCGAGGACUUGAAGAAUAAGCACCGAGACACAGAGUCAGAUGCGCUUUCAACAAAGGUGGAUGCCAAUGAGCUGGAAGAUUUGGCCAUCGAUGAGGAGGACUUCACAAUCAAGGCACUUCCAAACAACACAGCUCAGUAUUCUGGUGAAUUUUCAUAUCUGAACUUCUCCAUGAAGAUUCGAAAGAAGAUUGACGAAUGGAUGAAGACCGCAGCACCAGAUGCUUCCUCUGAAGUGGAACCGUUUGAAGAUCGAUGGCGGGCCACUCAGCUUCAAUCAGGGUCAUCCUUAGUAUCAUCAUCCAUUACAUGUCUUCCUCCUCGCUAUGUUGCCGAAUUCCUGGUCCAAAUAUUCUUCAAAUAUGCACAGACAAACAACUUCUACGUUGAGGAGGACUGGCUUUGCGUAAAGUUGAACAUUUGUUAUACCAAUCCCUCAAGCUUGUCAUCUGACGACGCCGGUGCCGUUUGUGCAAUUCUGAUGGUAUUAGCUGUCGGAACCCAAUUUGCGCACAUGGAGUCGCCUACUCCAGUCAAUUGCCUGCCUGUAGAUUCAGAGGCCAAUCAAGAUCACCACUUCUCGGAAGACGAAGUGGGUCUAACAUUUUAUCAGUUCGCAUCAAAAUUGCUACCAGAUAUUAUUGCUACGGCAUCUGUACGCAGUGUACAGGCUUGCCUCUUGAUUGGCACAUAUCUUCUUCCACUGGAUACUUCUGGAUUAUGUUACACAUACUUUGGUCUGGCACUCAAGUUAGCCAUCCAGAAUGGGAUGCAUCGAAGGUACCAUGGUGAAGGCCUCUCAGCUCGAAUGACUGAAAUGCGUAAUCGGGUUUUCUGGACAUCUUACACUAUUGAAAAACGCAUUAGCAUCCUUCAUGGUAGGCCUGCAUCUUUGGCAGAUGCAGAUGUGGAUGCCCCGUUCCCUGUUGAUUUUCCUGGGCUGAUGCCAGCGACACAACAGUCAAACCACACAAAUAUGGUGACAUUAAUUACAUUGACCUUGAAACUUGGUCAAGUAUCCAAUGAAAUUUCGUCUUUACGAACAUGUCGCAAGGGUCAGCAACAGGAUUGCUUGGAGCGACUACUCAAUAUUCGCAAAAACCUUAUUGAAUGGUGGUCAACAUUACCUGAGGAAACGAGCUGUCGAGACCUCAACCCGGCGGGUCCAUUGUUUAGGUCAAACGUACAUCUCAAGCUCGACUACUGUUUGACGCGGAUUUUCAUUGGACGUCCUUUUCUCUUCAGCAAUAUUAAGGCCCUACAAACACCCAACCUCCAAGCAUUCAAGGGCCCAUCGGGAAUCUCCAAGAUUCGAACUACUCUGGUCACUGACUGUGUAGAAGCAGCCUUAGAGAUCAUUGAUCUGUGCCGCCUACUUCGAGAUGAAACUGGCCUUGCUCGUGCUUCUUUCACCGAAUUUAGCUCGUGUCGUGCGGCACUGCUAGUUAUUUUGGCUCAAGGACUGACCAAACGCACUGAACGCCUCGGUGCAGCUUUGGAACAGGGCGUAUCUUUGAUUAAGAUUAUGUCAAUGGGUGUUGGAUCUGCCCGAUCCGCCGUUAGUGUCAUCGAAGCACUCGAACGUGCGAUCCGUCGCCUGGAGAUGUGGAGUGAAACCCAACAAGCUCAGAGUAACGGCGGCAGCCUUGAGUCCGCCUAUGAUCGUUUCAAGAAUUGGGAGAUGCUGUGGAAAACCGGGCCGAUAUCCCCCAGUACGGCCUCGCCUUGGGAGCAAAGGGAUCCGCAGGCCGGCGACGGUCUCGUUCUCCCGCAAGGCCUCGCCUCUCACACCCCAGCCCCCCUUGGUAUCGAUGCUGUUAUAUCCGGUAUGCCCAUCACACCCUCCAAUACUGCUCUGGCAAACAAUCACAAUGGAUCCGACCAGACUCUUGGUGAGCCAAGUCAUGAAAUGCUGAAUACUGAUAUUCCUGAUUCUGGUGUUCCUUCCGACGCAUUUUCCCUAUCCCAUGAGCCACUUUCACAGAUGGCUCAUUUCGGAUUUGACCAUUUUGUCUCGAACUUCCCACAGGAACUUGAGGAGUUUACCGCACUUCCAUGCUUCGAGCCGGAUGGCCAGGGAAAUUCUGCUGCCAUGGUUGGCGCGGAAAUGCAAACUUCUACGGGCGGUACAAAUUCGCAUUGGUUACAGUUCAUGAAUGAGUAA